AUGGCUUUCUCCACCUCCGUGUCGCUUCUGUUGGUCAUUACCGUCAUCAGCUGUUGGUCUUUAGUUUCUGCAGACUUGCGGUCCGAUCUCAAAGAUUUUGGUGCUUUAGUUCCCCGGCGACGCAUUGGUUUUAUAGCCGCCAGAUACUAUAUAUUCGAUCCCAGGUUCCGACAGGCCGUGGAGUUUGUGCGAAGCGAUGAGUUUACAAACACCUGGCAGCAAGUUCGUGCCGCUCCCGAUUUUGUUAACAUCAUUAACUACCUGACCGAGAACGGCUCUGGCUAUGAUGUCACCACUCUUGUGGACAAAUUGAUAGCCCGAUUGAAGGCCUUCCAACUGUCGCGCACUGUACCCGUAGAGCUGAUGCUUCGUCGCGAUCUUACAACCUUCCUGCGCGACACCUUACAGAGUCUGCCCCGGACGAGGAUCUACUCACUGAUGGCCCAGAAGGUGCGACAAAGCGGGGAGUUUGCCAAACUGUACAAGGCCCUCAGGGAUAAGCAGUUCAAGGAUCUUGUUCAGCGAGCCAGGUACUCUACAGAACUGAAAGCGCCAUUGAGAAAGCUGAGCCAAAAGAGCAUCAAUGUGGAUGAGUUACUGCAAAUACUGUUUGAGGUCAUCAGUUGGGGUCCACAGGUUUAAUAGAGAAAUUGAAAGAUUUUUACCACCAUUAUUUAUUGCUAGAACUUAGUUUUUAUUGUAUUUUCCUUUUC